AUGGCCAAAUUGACGUUGUCCUCCCGCACGCCACAGACUGUCGACUCAUUCCUACAGUUUAUUAACAAAAGUCCAUCACCAUUUCAUGCCGUAUAUGAGAUUGUGCAAAAACUGACUGCCGCUGGCUUUCAGCAGCUACGUGAAGAGGAUUCGUGGAAAGAUGUCGUCCAGCCUAAUGGCAAAUACUAUGUGACGCGUAAUCAGUCCGCUAUCAUUGCAUUUGCUGUGGGUGGUCAAUACCAGCAUGGCAAUGGCUUUCAUGUUAUUGGUGCUCAUACUGAUAGUCCAUGUCUUAAGGUCAAGCCCGUAUCCAACAUUGAGUCUCAGGGCUGGUUACAGGUGGGCGUCGAGACGUAUGGAGGAGGUCUAUUUCACACAUGGUUUGAUCGUGAUUUGGGACUUGCAGGGCGCGUUAUUGUGCGUGAGAGUGACACGAGCUUUCAGUCCAAACUACUGCUUGUUGACCGUCCGAUUCUGCGUAUUCCCACACUUGCAAUCCAUUUGGACCGUAAAGUCGGGGAAGGCUUUACAUUCAAUAAGGAGACGCAUUUACGUCCCGUAAUUGCCUCAGCUGCUCGUGCUGAACUAGAGGCGACACUGGAUUGUAAGGAUCAGCCAAAGUCCAAGCAUUCGUCGGUUCUGCUGCAGCUCAUUACAAAAGAGUUGGACGUGACGAUUGAUCAAAUUUGUGACUUUGAGUUGUGUCUAUUUGACACACAGGGAGGAAAUGUUGGUGGACUGUUGGACGAGUUUAUUUUCUCGCCCAGAUUGGACAAUUUGUGCUGCUCGUGGCUGGCCACGCAGGCGCUAAUCAAUUCACUGGACAAUCUGACGGGCGACGAAAACGUCCGUGUAGCGGCACUUUUUGAUAACGAGGAGGUAGGAUCGCAGUCUCUUAUGGGAGCCGGGUCCAAUUUCAUGCAGUCGGUGGCGGAGCGUGUGGCACAAGGGGAGUUGUGCGGCGCCGCGGCCAGGAAAUCGUUCAUGGUGUCAGCUGAUAUGGCACACGGCGUACAUCCCAACUAUGCUGAGAAGCACGAACAGAAUCACCGACCAGCUAUACAUGCAGGACCAGUGAUUAAGUACAACGCCAACGAGCGUUACGCCACAAGCGGCACGUCGGCUUUUUUGAUGAAAGAGCUUGCACGUCGUCAUAAUGUGGAUAUUCAGGAGUUUGUGGUACGUCAAGAUACCGGCUGCGGUUCCACGAUUGGUCCUAUUCUCUCGACCAGUACGGGCAUCCGUACGAUCGAUGUGGGUCUUGCACAACUGAGUAUGCACAGUAUUCGUGAGAUGUGCGGUACUGAGGAUCUAGUGAAGUCACUGGAUUGGUUUACGGCUUUCUAUUCGGAGUUCUCGUCCAUUGACAAGUGCCUAAAGACUGAUUAA